UGGAACGUUUUUAAAUUUGGUAGUACCACUGCCAUGUGUUGUUUUGGUCAGUGACUUGGUGGAUUGAAUGGUUUGGAGAACUUUGUGGGCUCGUUUGACAAAAAUGACAGCGGGAAAACUGGAUUAUAGUAAUAAAAUUAUAUUAGCACCCAUGGUAAGGGUGGGGACAUUACCCACACGUCUUUUGGCCUUGGAAAUGGGAGCUGAUAUAGUUUACACAGAGGAAUUGAUUGACUUGAAAUUAAUAAAAUGUGUGAGAAGUGUUAAUGAGGCAUUGGGUACAAUAGAUUAUGUUGAUCCCUCAGAUGGCACAGUCAGUUUUCGUACCUGUGAGUUGGAAAAAUCACGACUGGUAUUACAAAUGGGUACCAGCGAUGCCGAACGGGCAUUGGCUGUGGGCAAGAAAAUACAAUAUGAUAUCUCUGGCUUAGACAUAAAUAUGGGCUGUCCCAAGGAGUUUUCCAUUAAGGGUGGCAUGGGAGUGGCUUUGUUGGCCCAGCCCGAAAAGGCCUGUCACAUUCUAAAGACUUUAGUUGAUAAUUUGGAUAUUCCGGUGACGUGUAAAAUAAGAAUAUUACCAAAUCUUGAGGAUACCAUAGAAUUGGUAAAGAAAUUGGCCGGCACUGGUAUAUCAGCCAUUGGUAUACAUGCCCGCACCCGUGACGAAAGACCACAACAUAGUCCACAUCCGGAUGUGAUACGUGAAAUAGUGAAACACCUCGAUAUACCGGUUAUCUGUAAUGGUGGAUCACGAGAUAUUGAAAAAUAUACAGAUAUUUUGAAAUUUCGUGAUCUAUGUGGCGCAUCGAGCAUUAUGGUGGCACGAGCGGCACAAAUGAAUGUUUCGAUAUUUAGGAAAGAGGGUUUAUUAGAAAUGGAUGACUUGAUUUGCAGAUAUUUGAAGUUAAGCGUCGACUAUGAUAAUCCACCGCACAACACCAAAUAUGGUAUACAAAGCAUCAUGCGUGAACAACAGGAGACGCCAAGGGGGAAAUUGUUUUUAAAGUCGCAGACAAUGCAACAAAUGUGUGAUAUUUGGAAUAUGGGCGAUUACUGCCGCCAAAAGGAAUUAGAAUUACAUACCAAAGGUACAUUUGGUAGAAGAAAAGUAAUACCCGGUCAAGUACCUGACUCCGAAAUACUAGAGACAGUGGCGAAAAAAGCCAAACUAGAAAAUGACAAUGAAAAUGAUGAGUUAGACAAAGAUAUAAUUGAAGAGAAUAUUGCCUUCCUGAGAUGUAACUAUGAUAUAAAGAACGAUCAAUUUCCCAAAACUGUACUCUAUGUACAUGCCAAUAAAAAUGAGCUACUGCAACCAGUUUACGAUACCGAAGGCAAAGAUAAACUAUUUCGUUCCAUUUGUAAAUUUGAUGGCAAACGUUAUCGUUCCACAUUUUGGUCGAAGAAUAAAAAACAAGCUGAACAAGCUGCAGCCUUGGUGUGUUUAAAGAAUAUUGGCUUGGUAACGGAAGAGGAACUCAUCAAAAAUGGCAGUAUUUUAAGAUGAUAUAUGACGAAUGGAACCUGCUAUUGUUAAAUAAAUUUAGAACAAUAAUUAUACGUUUAGAGGCCAUGAGA